ACCAUCACUAAAAACAUGGGACGGAGCUCUGGGUAUUACAGUACUUCAGUUCUGCAAUUCUUCACCAUUGCUUCCUGUCUCCUGGUUCUGUCUUUCACAGGAUCCGUCACAGCUUACAAGAACUACACGGUCGGUGGUUCCCUUGGCUGGUUCGACACCCUUGAAAAGCCUGAUGUCAAUUACCAGAAAUGGGCGGAUUCCAACAACUUCAGCUUGGGUGAUUUCCUCGUCUUCAAUACGGAUAACAACCAUUCAAUAAUCCAAACAUACAAUUUCACCACGUACAAGCUCUGCGAUUACGAUGACGCUCUUCAAAACGACACGAUUCAAUGGUCGGCGGCGGAUCCGUCGUCCACGGCGCCUCAUCCCAUCUCAGUAGCGGUCCCUUUACUAAAAGAAGGGAUGACCUAUUUCUUCUCCAGUGAUUACGACGGCGAGCAAUGCAACAAUGGUCAGCGCUUCAAGGUAAACGUGACCCACGGCCAAGGGUUGCCCAAGAGCUUACAAGAUCCGCCGGAUGAUGCGCCGGCACCCAACAGUGCAGAUUUUGGGAGCGACGAUUCCGCCCCUGAAACCAUCGUGCCGGCGAACUUCGAUCACCCCAUUGAAGAGGAUAGUGAUAAGGACGAAGCUUCUGGUUCUGGAUCGAUUUCUUUUGGCGGCAGAUUCAAUAGGUUCUUAUUGUUGUUUCAAAUUGUUUGCAUAUUCUUGAAAUUUUGAU